CAGAAAUAGAAUGGGAAUAUUAUCAUAACAAUAUAUCAACAAGUACAGUAUUACCUGAUACAGCAUAUGUGUGUUAUGUUUGGGCACAAAAUGUUCUAGUAUCAUAUUCUUCUCAACAAAUUGGUGUGUCAUAUUUCAAAUCAGCACUUCAGACUUAUAUUUUUGGUAUUUGUAAUACAGGGCAAAAUCCUGCUCAACAAUUAAAUUACAUAAUUGCCAAAAAUAAAUUUCCUGAAUGA